AGUAGGAAGGAGGCAGGUGCCUGCCUUCUGGGCGCACCUUCCACUGUCCAUAAAAUCACCAACUUAAGACGGGAGCAGAAUCCACAAUGAUGGAAGGUAUGAACUGGGAGGUGACGAGCUUCUCGUCUACACCUGCCCCAAAGUCACUCACCUCUUCUGCAUCCUCUCUCGCCCACACUUCUUCGUCUUCCACCAGGGCACUUCUCAAAGUAUUUUCCAUUUCUCUUCUCCAUUCCACAUCAGUCCUUUCUCUGGGGGCUCACGAUUUCACAUUUUCCUACCAGUAUUUUGUUCAAAAGACAAACAUUCCCAGGCUGUGGUUUUCCCUGUCAUUGUUUCUUCUUUUCCUCGUCGGAAUCUUCACAGUCAUUCAAUUUCUACUCACAUCUUCAGAAAGCCCACCCUCUACAUCACGAAUCGAAUUAGGCUUCCUUCCAACAUGGCCAUCAUCGAUAGCCUCCCCGCUGUCAGCGUUUCUGUUCGCCUCAAGAAAGCCUACCGAGACGCUGACGAAUACCCCGACCCGUAUCCAUACCAUGAGCAUGAGAGAUACAUGGACGACUACGAGCAGUGUGCCCGCAACUACAUUGAGAGUAGGGAAGGCACCGAGUUCUCAGUACACGUCAAUGUCUUGGACGAUGCCACCAUUGAUCCCUGGGUCCAUCACGACGAAGGUUUGGUUUUCCUUCUCUUCCUCGACGGCCACUUCAUGGGAAAGCGAUUCUGCUACGAUGAUGACUUCAAACAUGGAGGCUGGCACUUUGCCUUCAAAGGCAAGAGACAUCCCAACCGGGAUAGAACUGCCAUGGUUGAGAGUAACUUCAAGUUCCAGACGAUUACUGCAGUUGACCAAGACGCUACUGAUGGCGAAUUGAGACGUGCCAAAGAUCUUGGCACAAUCGAGAUGCGCGUCAGACUUGCCAGGUUCGCUGGCGGUCCACGCCGUAACAGACGUGUCAAUUUGGAGAGACCGUUCCGCGAGCCGGAGUACAACAAGUGCGAGAUCUCAGAGGAAGCUAUCAAGGGCCGACCUAUCUAUCAUGCCACUUCCUUCACCCCACCGGUGAACAAGAGUCUACGGCCUCCCAGCUUUGCCCAUCGAGGAGCGAUAGAGCGGAUUCGCACUGGUCCUCUCUUUGCGACCUACACAUUCAAGUAUCGCUCGCGAGAUGCGCUGAAGAUUGAGGAGAUCCUUCACCAGACCCCCAGCCCUGAGCCUGCCCCAGAGCCUUUUUCCCGUCAGCAACAGGCCUACUUGGGAAAAUCGAGCCUUCCUAGAUUCGAGGACCUUCAUGAAGACGAGGUCGAGCGUCUUGCUCGAGAGAGACACCAACAGCUUCAAGCUGAGCAAGCGCAGCCUUCGGCUCAGAAGAAUAAACGGAGCUAUGACGACUUCUGUGAUCUUACGGAUGGCGCUUAUGAGCAGUUGGCCCGUCCUUACAAGAUCAUCAAGCUGGGAAAUGGCCAUGACGCUAUUGAUCUCACGGGCAGCUACUAGAGAUGUAGGCCAGGAGAUCGUGCGUUUGUUGUAAAGACGGAACCAUCACAGAACGGAGGUCACUGGAAGAGUCUUGUUCGUCAAAUCAAGCCUUUGUCGGGGUGGUGAAUUCACAGGCCGAAGUUCACUGUAGUGAAUGGAGGCCCCCAAAUGAAGACAGUUCGUACGAGGGAGAUUGUUUGGUUGAAAGGAAGUUGACAUUGCUUUGAUAGAAGACUUGGUUCGAGGGACCAGGUGGAGGAGCAGUGGAACUCUCAUCAGAAAGCUCGCUCCCGGAC